CAAAGGGCAACGGGAACGGAGGCUGCCGGGGGACGGAGAGCUUUGCAUUGGCCGUCUUUAUUUUUUUAAUUGUUGAGGUUCAGGGUUUCUGCCUUUUAGCCCCGAGACGCUUUUUCCUGCGCUCUCUCGCUAGGCGUCCUGCAAGCUGAGUCGUUUCUCCGGACGCCGGUUCCAGCAGCCUCCCACCCGCAAGCCCGGCGCUCCGUCGCGGAAGAUGCCGGUGUCUUGGGACGGUUUCCCUUCGCUGCCUCCCAUCCCGGAGCAGAGGGAGAAUCCGGCGCCCGCCUUCGCCUGGGAGAAGAGCGCCUUCCAAGAAGCGGCGAGCCGGACCGCCAGGCUGGAGAACUCCGAUUGCGAGUCCCUGGACAGCAGUUUGAGCUCCGAAGGAGACGCCCAGGACUACCUGGAUGAGGUGUCCUUGCCCGACUUUGAUUUGCUCAAUGAUCCCGAGGAUGAGCACCUGUGCGCCAACCUCAUGAAGCUCAUCCAGGUCACCCUGAACAAAGCCAGGCUCUGCUCCAACCGUCCCUCCCGGCUCUUCAUGCCCGGCGAGCUGGUCGCCCAAGUGAGCAAGGAGCUGCUCCACCUGGCCUACCGGGAGCCCUGCGGCUUGAGGGGAGCCCUCAUCGACCUGUGCGUGGAACAAGGGAAGGUGUGCCACAGCGUGGAGCAGAUCGCGGUGGAUCCAAGCCUGGUGCCUACUUUCCAGCUGACGCUUGUUCUGAGGCUGGAUUCCCGCCUGUGGCCUAAAAUCCAAGGACUCUUUAGCUCCGGUUCGGCCUUCUCUCCGGGAUUCAGUCAGUCCCUGAAGCUCAGCACUGGCUUCAGGGUCAUCAAAAAGAAGUUGUAUAGCUCCGAACAACUGCUCAUAGAGGAAUGUUGAAAGCAGCCUCUUCCUCUUAGGUUGAACCAACCGAGCAUUUACUCUCUAAGUUGGGGCCAUUCCCAACCCAAACUGGGGAGUGUAGGUUACUUUAAAAGGGCUAUGGAACAUAAGCUGAUUUUUCAAGAAGUGGUUUGUCCCUCUGGAGCCACAGUAGAUUAGAUGGAAGUUUGAUUUACAGAAAUAGUGGGAGAUAGUCCGAAGAGAAGGCAGAAGAAGGCAAAGAUUUGACUGUAAGAAUAGCACUCUGCUACUUGAUUUUUGACCAGCAACAAAGCUUAGUCCUAUGUAGUAGGCCUGGAAUACACUAUGCUAGCUUUAAAAGUCCUUGUCUGCCAAUGGGAUGACUUUCUCUUACUGAUUUAGCAGUAUUUUUUCGUUUUUCCUGACAGCUGAUAACUUUACAGCAGCGGGCUGCCGCUAAAGAUAGAUGAAGGUUGCCUUUUUUUUUUCUUCCCUGUUAAGCUUUUUUUAAAAAAAAAAAAAAACAAAUGGGAGAAAACAAAAAGUAGAUAGUAAUCAAUGGAUGUCUGGUGAAAGUUGCGGUGUGUGUUAAUAAGUGUUCAGGUCUAAAAGGACCAAGCAUGCGUAACAUUUAAUACAAGAUGAAUGUGAAGACGUUCCACUACUGACACUUAGGCAGCUAAAAAGGAAGGCAGCUAAAUAUAGACUUCUGGCUGAAUGGGGGGGGGGGGAUUUAAUCCACUGAGCACCGCUGUGCAACUCCAUUUUUUUGUGAAUGAGACCAGUGGGAGGAACAGGGCAGCAGUGGACUGGCCCCUGGGGGGGGGGGGAUGUAUGUGUUAAGGUGAUGCUAAGAAGUUGUGAUGGGGGCAGGACCCCACGCAGUCUUUGGUGCUUCCAUUGAUUACCGGUUCACGUGAAAUACACUUGAUGUUCAAGUUUUUGAAGAAUUUCUAUGCAACUUGGUUUUUUUUACUUUUCCUGAUAAAAAUGUUUUGUAAUAA